UUUACAGUAGGAGAUAACACUUCCGGUGAUAAUCUGAGUUAUUUGUGCGAGGUUGUAAUAAUAAAAAUGUCAGACGAAGAAGAUUACAGCUCAGGAAGCGAUGAAGAUUAUGUUCCUUCAGAUGGUGAAGCUGUAAGUGAAGAAGAAUGCUCGGGUGAUGAAGAGGAUUUGGAUUUACUGAAGGCAGAAGGCGGAGAGGAUGUUAAAACUAGUGGGAAAAGAAAACGAAAGAAAAAGCCUGAUAUCUUACAGAGAAAAAGAAAAGGAGGGAUUAAACUUGAGGGUGAAGUAGUCAAUAAAGCUGAAACAGAGGAAGAAGUUAAAGCAAAAAAAGAAUUAGAAGAAAACAUCAAGGAAGAACAGAAACUAAGAAAGGAGGAACAAGAGAAGAAAAAAGCUGAUGAUUUGUGGUCUAGUUUUAUGUCAGAUGUUGGGACCAGACCAAAAAAAGCAUCACCCAGCCCUAGUGUAACUUCACCAGCUCCUUCUGGGUCUAAGUUAGCCACAAAAACUGAAGUAAAGGCCUCAGAUAGUACAACUACAAAUAAAAAGAUAACUAUCACCAAAGAAUAUGAUUUUGCAGGAGAAAUAGUUAAAGUAACAAAGGAAGUUGACCAGAAUUCCAAAGAAGCUCAAACAGAAUUAAAGAAACAAGAAUCUGUAGUGGGAUCAUCAGCUUCCCCUGGAUUGGCUGCAAUUGGAAUUAAAAGACCAGGAGGAUUAGGAAGUGUUUUAGAUAAAAUCAAUAAAAAACAGAAAAUCAGUACGCUGAAUAAGUCUAAGUUAGAUUGGGAUCAGUUUAAGAAAGAUAAUAAACUUGAAGAAGAUUUAACGUUGCACAACAAAGGAAAACUAGGAUACCUAGAAAGGCAGGCAUUUUUAAACAGAACAGAACAGAGGGAGUUUGUGAAAGAAAGAGACUUAAGACUAAGCCAGAGUAGUAAAAGAUAAUGUCUUAUUCAUUGAUAUCACAAAAUAGCAUUGUACUUCAAAAUCAUUUCAUUGGAAAAUAUGGCUACUGUCUUUCAGCAUGUUUAUUGAUAUCAGAUGAAGGUGAUCCAGGGAAAAUGGAGCUUGAUGUAUGAAAGAAAAUAGCAAAUAUGUGUUUGAGUUGAAAGCUAACAGUUGUACUUAUUGUAAGAAUAUAUGAUGGCUAAUUCUGUGUAUGACUUAAUGUGUAUUUCCUCUGUCACAAAACAUCCCAUUCAUUAAAUCUCAAGGAAACAUUUCAUUUAUUACUAUGUAAAUUGUCAGGGUAGCAAUCAUGUUGCAGAAAUUGUCAGGGUAGCAAUCAUGUUGCAGUGUGUUUAAAAAAAGACA